AUGGCACCGCCUCUGGCCCUGCAGGGUCUGCGGCUGUUCACCAUGCUCUGUCUCCUCACCUCUAACACAGCCGCUGUGGAGCUGCUCUCAUUGCCGACCCAGCAGGCAGACAACAUUGGCACUACCUCCGACGCCCCCGCCGAAUACACACCGGCACCGCUGACUGACCAGAGGCCGUCCGGUCCCGGUGCCCUGAACGAGGCUACUGGCGGCAUUCUCGACAGCAUCACCGAUGGAAUCAGUUUCGCACAUGAUGUUCCCGGUCGUGUCUAUCUUGAGAGGGAGCUGCUUGUCGUACAGAACUCCUCCUGGCCCCAGCACAGGGCAGAAGCUCCGGAGUCUGAAGUGCUCGAUGAGGUUACCCUUGCGUCCGAGUGUCUCUGCCGUAGCCGGUGUAUGGCGAGGGACCUUUGUCUGAGCUUCAGUUACCACCCUGACACCCACCGCUGUACGUUAUACAAUGUCCGAGGCAACGUCGGCUCCCUCCGGCCCUGGUCCGUCUUCUACAAACGAGGACUGGCGCUGCUGGGCGACUGGUGCUCGUCCGACUGGGAGUGUGGCCUCCUGACCUCCGGCGUUGCCGUCUGCCGGGACAACACGUGCAGCUGUCUCGACGGACGGUAUCAGCUGGACAGAACCACAUGCGGUUUCAAGUCAACCACAAGUAUCGUCAAACAAGCGACAACUGCACCCACAGAGUCACCUUCCAGAGACGAGACACAGCCUGUUUUAGCUAAUACCACAGCCGCCGACCCCACGCAGGAGGUGGACGUCACCAGAGGAACCGAGGCACCAACCACUGCCGUGGCCAGACCCGAACAGAACAUCACCGAAGAUAAAAUUAAAGAAAUGACGCACACAGAACCCGGCCUGAAGGCGAAUGAAAGUUACUAUGUAUUGGGAUGCGAGAAUUUCUUCCCCAACAAGAUACUUGUGGUACUUGAAGAUCGAGGCGACUUCUUUACAUCCUGGAAGAGAUGA